AUGUAGAAAAUUCCCACCUAUAUAAACGCUCAUAUACUUUGCACCACUUACCUUAGUCGCUGCUUCUGUCGUCAAUCUGCCAUCCUCUAUCAUCUUCGCUAAGGUUGUAAAAGAUGGCCGAUGCUGAGGAUAUUCAACCCCUUGUCUGCGACAAUGGAACUGGAAUGGUGAAGGCUGGUUUUGCCGGCGACGAUGCUCCGAGGGCCGUGUUCCCGAGUAUUGUUGGUCGUCCCAGACACACCGGUGUCAUGGUUGGGAUGGGUCAGAAAGAUGCGUACGUUGGUGACGAGGCUCAGUCUAAAAGAGGUAUUCUAACUCUGAAGUAUCCUAUCGAACAUGGUAUUGUGAGCAACUGGGAUGACAUGGAAAAGAUCUGGCAUCACACUUUCUACAAUGAGCUCCGUGUUGCUCCUGAAGAGCACCCGGUGCUCCUGACCGAGGCCCCUCUCAACCCUAAAGCCAACAGGGAGAAGAUGACUCAGAUAAUGUUCGAAACUUUCAACGUGCCUGCCAUGUACGUUGCCAUUCAGGCCGUUCUAUCUCUCUACGCCAGUGGUCGUACAACCGGUAUUGUUCUCGACUCCGGUGAUGGUGUGUCUCACACUGUCCCAAUUUACGAGGGCUAUGCCCUUCCGCAUGCUAUCCUUCGUCUCGAUCUUGCCGGUCGUGACCUCACCGAUUCCCUCAUGAAGAUUCUCACCGAGAGAGGUUACAUGUUCACCACCACGGCAGAACGUGAAAUUGUCCGUGACAUCAAGGAGAAACUUGCUUAUGUUGCCCUUGACUACGAGCAAGAGCUCGAGACAGCAAAGAGCAGCUCCUCAGUGGAGAAGAACUACGAGCUCCCUGAUGGACAAGUCAUCACUAUCGGAGCGGAAAGAUUCCGUUGCCCCGAGGUCCUCUUCCAGCCAUCCCUAAUCGGAAUGGAAGCACCCGGAAUCCACGAAACAACCUACAACUCGAUUAUGAAAUGUGACGUCGAUAUCAGAAAGGAUCUCUACGGUAACAUCGUCCUGAGCGGUGGAUCCACGAUGUUCCCGGGAAUCGCAGACCGUAUGAGUAAAGAGAUCACAGCUCUUGCACCAAGCAGCAUGAAGAUCAAGGUGGUUGCACCGCCUGAGAGAAAAUACAGUGUCUGGAUCGGUGGAUCCAUCCUCGCAUCCCUCAGUACCUUCCAACAGAUGUGGAUCUCGAAGGGUGAGUACGAUGAGUCUGGUCCAUCAAUCGUUCACAGGAAGUGCUUCUAGGUCCAGCACAGACCCAACUGGUUUUAUGGUGAGUUUUUUUUUUAAAAUUUUUUUGCGGUUAAAAUCCAAAAAACCCUUAUUGUCCCGCGCGAGAUUUCCUCGUGAUACCGCUCUGUCCUUAAAACCUGAAACGGUCAAACUGUGGUUCGAGCUCUGUCUCUGCUUUCUGUAUUUUCACCAGGUUGGUUUGUAGCCGGAGAGUGAUUGUGAUGAUUUUCCAUUUUCCUAUUUUUUUUUUGUUUUUAUAAAAUAUUGAUUGUAUUUGCCCUUUGUUUUGCUUUAUCCAAUAUAAAAUAUUGUUUUGGAGUCUCAA